CCAGCCUUGUACUUGUUGAUAUCAAAAAUCUUUCCAACAAGCACUCUGAAGUGUAGAAGAGUUUUGCGUCCCUCGAUCCUUUUAUGUACGCGGCAAUCGAGUCGUUCUGUUACAAAAGGUUCUGAGGGUGAAUUUGCCCAAUCGUACCGUCAAACUGAUCUUCUCCGGCAUUGCAAAGCAUUAUAGCUCCCGCGGCCCGAUUAUCUGCACCGAUCGAUUUGUUCUUUGAAGUUGGCAAAGCCGUAACCGCCAAAAUUCGACAGCAAGUAGUUCGUUCAAUCUCUCGGAGAUGAGUUCAAACGCGAACCCAGCGUCAGGUCCGUACGACGACGCAAAACCGACGACGCAGUUUUCGUCGUCAGAAUCAACCACUGCCUCCCAUGACGCCCAGAAAGACUGUGGCGACCUCGGAACCAACGAGCUGACCAUCGUUGAAGAUGGCAAGAUCGCCGUUUCAAACCUCAACAAUGACGCUCCCGUUACUGUCGACUGGGAUGGGCCCGACUACCCUACAAAUCCUCUCAACCAACUGGCCACAGGGCCGCAAGCUCUUCAUCAUAUUUCUCGUCUCGGCAGUCACAUUCAACAUCUCGCUUGCAGCGACCAUCUUCGCACCAGGAGUACCCAAGCUGAUGCGCGAGUUCAACUCCACGAGCACCUCGCUCUCCAGCUUCGUCGUGUCCGCCUACAUUGUCUCCUUUAUUCUUGGGCCACUCGUCUUCGCACCGCUUAGCGAGCUGUAUGGUCGCAGUAUAAAUAUGCCCAUGUUUAUUGUCUUUCGCCUACUCCAGGGUCUCAGUGGAUCAGUCCCCAUUGUCUUGGGUGCUGGCAUCAUAGGCGACCUAAUGGCCCCUGAGCACAGGGGCCAGGUGUUAAGUGGGUGGCAGCUUGGUCCUCUUCUAGGACCUGUCCUUGGGCCAGUCAUUGGCGGAUAUAUGGCUGAAAAUGUUGGCUGGCGUUGGGUCUUUUGGCUUGUCGCCAUUUUGGCCGGCAUCUUUACGGUAGUAAACAUGUUUGUCCCAGAGGCGUAUGCCCCGGCCCCCCUGGGACGCAAGGCGGCGAAGCUCCGCAAAGAAUCCGGCGAUUUCAAGUACGUGGCACUGGAUCUGAUGGACGAACGCCGGGUCAGAUGUUCCAUGCUAUUCCUCUCCCCCAUAGUCAUGCUCCUGUUCCUGGAGACGUCAAUAGUCUACGGAUACCUCUACCUUCUCUUUACCACCUUUACCUAUGUUUUUAAAGACCAAUAUGGCUUCGGGUCAGGCGCUGCCGGCCUUGCGUACUUGGGUCUCGGCGUCGGGAUUCUUCUUGGCCUCUUCCUCACAGGCCUCACGUCUGACCGCAUUCGUUCGCUAAUUUACCGGCACGGCAAACCUGGUUCAUUACAGGGUUUCUUCGGAUUUCCAUCAACGCUUGUUCGCACACAUUGGAUCGCUGCCUUGUGGAGGACAUGGGUUUCGGAUAGGGGACAAGUCGGUGCCUGGAAGGACGGUGUACCUGGGUGGUUUCAAUACCCUCAUUAUUCGGUGGCAUCAACAGUCGCUUCUUGCAUUUAUAGAGUAAAUUCAAGUACAAUGUCAUGUAGCGGGGGUGUGGGGAAAACCGUCAAAGCUCCUGCACGAGAUAAAUCUGAAAAUGUAUCUUAUAUUAUCCAAAGUCCACAAAGACUAUGAAGAUUAAAACUGCUAUUGAUCAAUUCAUCAUAUUGCGGAUGGAUUUGUCUGCAAUAAGUGUGCUCUCAUGUUCACAAACCUCAAUGACCUAAUGAGACUGCCGAAAACAGCGGUUUAUAUCUCAG